CAACCUAAAAAUGAGUAAAUCGAGUGUUCAGAGAGAGGAGGCUGCUUAGAUUCACUCUCUACUACAGCCCUGCUAGACUCAGUGUAAUUCCAGCUAAUGCGGAUAAUGCGCAGGACACAUUGCGCACGGUGCGCGCCGCCUGCGACGCACGGCCCUCCUUGGAUUUGAGGGAACUGCUGUCACCCGCCGGCAGAGAGGGCACGGCGGGUGAGAUUAUGUGAUUGUCUCUGGAUAAAGCAAGCAUCUGACUUCUUUUGUGUCAACGUUUGUCGCUAUUUUUUCAUCGAAAUGGUGAGUUUUCACAGAUUAUUAAACGCCAAAUGAGACUUUUGUCGGAUUAAUCAAACGCGGAAGGACAGACGAUGAGAGUCGGAGGUGGAUUUCAGGGGGAUUUUGGUAGAUUGCAGCAGAACUCGCUCACAACAAGAAGGGGAGUCUGAGGUCAGCACUCUGAGAUGGACCUGUCUGGAUCUUCACUCAAUCGCAGCCAAUCGCUGGCAAGCGGCCUGGAGAAGACUUCCCACACCUGGAACAAGCCAGCCCACUCUCAGAGCAGCAGCACUCUGUCAUCUCGCCACUCCAGACAGAUUAUCAAAGACUGGGAAGUAAUUGACGACCUUCAGGUUGAAAUGCAAGGAGCAGGUGACGAUCCUCAAGACAGGACCGCCCCGGGAAUCUGUGAAGGAUAUCUUCUCAAGAGGAGGAAAUGGCCACUUAAAGGCUGGCACAAGCGGUACUUCGUCUUGGAAGGCGGGAUCUUACGCUACUCCAAAAAUCAACAGGAUGUGGCCAGGGGACGAGUCCAGGGCUCGCUAGAUGUUAGCCUCGCGGUAAUAUCGAUAAACAAGAAAUCAAAUCGGAUUGAUUUGGAUGCAGGGGACAUUCUGUAUCAUAUGAAGGCAAAGAGUCAUGAACUCUUCUACAUCUGGGUAACCAAGCUACAAGCUCACCGCCUGUACAAGAAGAAUGAGGCGGCUCAUGUUCACAGCAGCUUCCUCCACACUUUGUCCCUUCCCACUGCGGCUGAACAAGCUCAGAGAAAUGGAGAUUUGAGUGCCACGGGGAUGGCAGAUUCAGCUGGAGCGUCAGGCGUGCUGCCGUCAGCUAACACAGCCGUGAACACAAAGGUCUCUGCCUGGCUGCAACAAAGCCACAAUCCUGACACCUGUGUUCAAGAGCUGAACCGUUGUCAUCUGGACCUUUCUGAGCUAAACCGCUUAAUCCAGAGGCUGCAGGCACUGGAGGUGGGGCAGGCCUUUACUAAUGGAGACCUGCAGCGGAUCAUCAGCAUACAGAAUCUGUCACUGGAGAAACCGAAGAAGCCGAAAUCAGGAAAGAUCUGGGGUCAUUCCCGCACACUGUCCAGAGUGGAGGCCCUGGGAAUGGUAAGAAUGCCUAUUCGUGGGAUUACUAAAUCGCUGUCCUCCAGUCACCUGAGCAACUCGGCCCACCUCGGUGCAUCAGUCCCGUGUAUCCCCGACUACGUCUACUCUCAGCUCUCCCCUUCCACGGUCAAUUCGCCCGAAGGGAAGAAAAUCCAACAGGACAUCUGCGCUAUGUCUCAACGAGUGCUCAACUCUCUGAAGUCGGUGCAUGAGACUCUGUCCCAGGAGAGGCAGAAGCUGCAGGCAGUCUGGGACACUAACAACAUGCACCAGUCUAACACAUUAGCUCAGCCUGAGGCAGUGAGGCGUUCAUCCCAAGGACCUCCUUCGGUGGCAGACUCGGCUGCAGAAUAUUUUGAUGCCAGUGAUGACAUCCUGUGGGGCAGCUCCUCUGAGGUGUCUGAUGAAUCCGGACUUAGUGAUGGAAGCACCACCAAUUCUGAGCCAGAGGAAGGACACAGUGGGUACACCAGUAUCAGUGACCAGAGUUUAAAGUGUAUAAAAACAUCAGCUACCCGGAAGUACCGUGCCAGCAUUUCCAGGACUCCCAACAGUGUUGUUCCCAAGAGCACGGGACGUCGAACGAAACUGCCUGUUCACUGUCCUGACAAUAGCCACGUGGGGCUCGUGGCCAUCCUCUAUAACAACAUAGGUAAAGACUUGGCUCGAGUGUCCAUGCCAGCUGUUCUCAAUGAGCCCAUUAACCUGCUGCAGAGACUGUGUGAAGAGCUGGAGUACAGUGAGCUGCUGGAUACUGCCAACAACACAUCAGACCCCUACCAGAGGAUGGUUUACAUUGCUGCCUUCGCUAUCUCUGGCUACUCCACUGCGACGUUCAGGAACCGCUACAAGCCCGUUAACCCGAUUCUGGGGGAGACCUACGAGUGUAUCAGAGAGGACCGAGGUUUCCGCCUCAUCAGUGAGCAGGUCUGCCACCAUCCUCCUAUCUCUGCCUGCCAUGCAGACUCAGAGAACUUCUCCUUCUGGCAAGACCAGCGAUGGAAAAAUAAAUUCUGGGGGAAGUCGCUGGAGAUCCUGCCAACAGGAAUGGUAAACGUGACUCUGCCGAGGUAUGGUGACCACUAUGAGUGGAACAAAGUAGUGACUUGCAUCCAUAACGUCUUCAGCCAGCAGCGAUAUCUGGAGCAUUACGGAGAGGUCAUCAUCAAAAACCUCAAAAGUAACAUCUGCACAUGCAAGAUUACUUUUGUCAAGUCUCGUUAUUGGGGUUCAGAAACGAAUAAGAAUGAGGUUCAGGGCGUGGUGUUGGACCAAAGUGGGAGUGCCAUUCACCGGUUUGGAGGUCUGUGGCAUGAAGGCAUCUUCUGUGACACUCUGCCGACUCCGAAAUGCAUCUGGAAGCCAAAUCCACAGCCAAAGGAUUACCUGCUGUACUAUGGCUUCUCCAGCUUUGCCAUGGAGUUGAAUGAACUCCCUUCAGACUUGAAGCCUCUUCUGCCUCCUACAGAUACACGCCUGCGCCCAGACCAAAGAAUGCUGGAGGAUGGAAGGGUGGAUGAAGCUGACAUAAAGAAGGACAAGAUUGAAGAAAUGCAGAGAGAGAGGAGAAAAGAGCUCGCCAAAAGGGGUGAAGAACACGUUCCACGUUUUUUCAAGAGAUCCAAAGAUUCCUCUGGACGGGACGUGUGGUUGACAAACGGGACUUACUGGAAACUUCGAGAGAAUCCAGGGUUUGCUAACCUUGAAAACUUAACUCUGUGGUGAUGAGAUGAGACUGCAGAAAUGAGUGGAGAAAACCACAUGAAAGGACGAGAUCAGUGGAUAUUCAGCCGUGGAUAUUCUGGACAGCACGUAUGAACCACUCGGAGAGUGAAGAUAGUGCUGCGGAUCUGUUCUUGAUUCUUCUGCACACCCGUGACUGGCUCAUGGGAAUCUUCAGAUACCCAACAAACAUUAAUGGAAAUAAAAAAAAUCUUAUUCGUUUAAUUUUUUUUUAGAUUACUUAAAUCAACAUGCUGUAUAUGUUUUUUUUGUGAAUUUCUUUUUUCCCCGACAAACUCUAAACUCUUUAGGACUUAAAAAUUGCUUUUCUCUGUGGAGUUUCUCUCAGGACCCUGCUUUGUAAUAGUUUGAUCUAUUGCAAUUAUGUUUGAGAAAAAAACUG